GAGUCCUCCAGAAAGGAGUAAAGGCGGAGAUGAAACUCAACCCGCGUGGGUCCGGACGGGAAGGAGGUGUGGUUACUGCCGCACUGGCUGCUGGGCUGGCCGGCGAGGAAAGAUCGGCGUUUAAAGGAAGUGAAAAUGGCUGAAAACGGAGAUAGUGAAAAUAUGUCUGAUUUGGAAAAGAAGGUUUGUCAACAAAUUGAGUACUACUUUGGUGACCACAAUUUACCCCGAGACAAGUUUCUUCAAGAGAAGAUCAAAUCGGAUGAUGGCUGGGUGACUUUAGAAACAAUAAUCAAAUUCAAUAGGCUAAAUCGCCUUACAAAAGACUUUGAUGUAAUAGUUGGGGCAUUAAAGAAAUCGAAGACCGAACUUAUGGAAGUUAGUGAAGAUAAGACUAAAAUCCGAAGAUCUCCAGACAAACCGUUGCCUGAAGUUACUGAACAAUAUAAGAAUGCAAUUAAAAGCAGAUCUAUAUAUAUUAAAGGUUUUCCAUUAGAUGCAACUUUAGAUGAUAUCAAAGAAUGGCUGGAUUGUAAAGGCAAAGUAGAAAACAUUCAGAUGAGGAGAACACUUCAGAAAACAUUUAAGGGAUCCAUUUUUGCAGUAUUUGAUACUGUUGAAUCUGCCAAGGAGUUCGUUGGGACGCCAAACCAAAGAUAUAAGGACACAGAGCUGAUUGUGCUUUUCAAGGAAGAUUACUUUGCCAAAAAGAAUGAUGAGAAGAAAAGGAAUAAACUGGAAGCAAAAGCAAAGGCUAAACUAGAGAAGGAAGAGAAACAGAAACAUGCUGAAGAAACUGAAAUGAAAUAUCUGGCAGAGAAACAGGGAUGCCUGCUGAAGUUUUUUGGUGACUUGGAAGAUCAUACUUGUCGAGAAGACCUCCAUGCUGUUUUUUCAAAUCAUGGUGAAAUCAAGUGGAUAGACUUUGUCAGGGGUGCAAAAGAGGGUAUCAUCCUGUUCAAGAGCAGUGCCAAAGGUGCGCUGGAUAAAGCCAAAGAAGCAAAUAAUGGGAAAUUACAGUUGCGAGAGAAAGAUGUCACGUGGGAAGUGCUUGAAGGAGAUGUGGCCAAAGAAGCACUGAAGAAAAUCAUGGAGAGCCAGCAGGAGCUGUUAAACAAAAAAAGAGGAAAAGGUCGCAAAGGCAAAGGCAAAGGUGGCAAGGGAGCACAAGACACACAAGACAAAAAAGUGAAAUUCCAAGGCAAGAAAACAAAAUUUGAAAGUGAAGAUGAAGAGGAGGGUGAAGAUGCAAAUACCACAGGGUCAGCAAGUCCCAAGAAAAGACCACUUGAAGAAGACAAGCAAGAAGAGCCAGCUGCCAAACAGCUAAAAACAGAAAAUGGUGCUGGAAUUCAGUUGUAAUACUUCAAAAACCAUUUAAUGCAAUUUUUAUUAUUUUAAUACAGUUUUAAGUCAUUCCACCAUCCAUCUUUUUUCCCCCACAAGAGAAUCUGAUAAAAUCUACUUUGAUGUCUACCUGUAAGACAAAGAAGAAAAAUACAUUUUGAGAUUCUUUCUUGGAAUAGUGCCUGAUUUAACAUGCAGUUUUAAAAAAAUAUCUGAUGAGUGAGCCUAUAAUUAGGCUGAAAGAAAAGGCUGAAGAAUCAGAACUGUAUCCUAAUAUCUGUUAUGUACAAAACUUUUAUUGAGUAGUGUAUAACAAAUAUCAGUAUCUUGUGUAUUCAAAUUUUGUGAAUCUUUGUGUUCAGUUACAGAUGUAUCAAAUUGUAUUGCUACCUUUAGUUUAUUGGAAGAAAAAAAAAUCUAUAAAUAAAAUAAAGCAACUAUGUAGAGUUA